CCGCCCCCGGCCGCUGCGGCCGGGCUGCGCAGGCGGCACGGCGCGGGCGCCGGUGAUGGGGGCGCGGGUGACUCGCGUGUUCCGCACCUUCAACGUGGAGAACCGCGCCCGCCGCGAGAUCAGCAAGGAGAAGCCCACGGCCGCGCCACGCCACCCCACCGCGCGGCUGGACGCGCUGGCUGAUCAUCCAGAAAUACAAGAAGAAAUUUACAGAAAAGAUGAAAGGCUCCUCACUUUGUUAAAAGAUGUUUAUGUUGAGUCUAGAGAUCCACCUGUGCAGGUAAAAGAUCGAGGUGGUGAACAUCUUCCAUGCAAACAGGAGGAAAAGAGACUUACAAAACUAGGUCAUUUGCAGGCUCUAGAUGUUAAGAAAGUUCCCAAAGGCAAAAUUUCCAUUGUGGAAGCUCUGACGCUUCUCAAUAAUCACAAACUUCGUCCUCAGAUAUGGACUGCAGAGAAAAUAGCAGAGGAGUACAGUCUGGAACUGAAGGAGGUCACCUCUCUCCUGGAAUUCUUCAUUCCUUUUACUGUGCAGGAAUUUCCUACUGAAGGCAGAAAAGCUAUAAAAUCAACAUAAAAAUAAUUACCGAAACCUUGUGUGAUCUCACUGGUGUCUUAAUGUUACUCUGAAUAUAUUCAUUGUCUGAAAAGAAUUACUAACGUGUCAUCCAACAAGGCUGCUUUUUUAUAUAAUAGGGUAUAUUCAGGAGUUCCAUUCUGGCUUCAAUUGAAUGCAGCAAUUAUUGGAGGCAGUUUAUAAACCAAAAUAUAACUAUUAAGUUGUAUUAAUGAGAUAAUCAGAGAAUCAUGUAACAGGCUGUCAUAUGCACAGGUUCACUUAAAAUACUAACCAGAACUUCCAUUAAAACAGGUAGCCUCUCUUAAUGGAGUAAAUUCCUGGCUUUUGGCUAAAUCAGUGCUCUGUGUGCACCAGCUUUGGAGUUUCAUGUUAUGGUCUAUAUUGACUUGCUGUCAAGAUGUAUAUACAACAAUGUUAUUAUUAUAAAUACUAUUGCAUUUUUAUACAGAAGAAAUAUAAUUUGCAAAGAAGGAUAACACUGGAAAAUUCAGCUGUAUCAAAAACUUAGAAUGAAAACAAAUAGCAAGAGGACCUCUUAAUGAUGCUGGAACAAGAAUGGCUGAUGAUAGCUCCUUUUCUCCACUCUGUUCUGAUUUAACUUUAACAUCUGUACUUCCCCAUAUACUGUCUAUCAGUUUGUGAAUAAGAGUGAAGGGAUAUUGUGGCAUCUGAGUCUCUUGCAGCUGUAUCUGUCACCUAUAGUACAGGUUCAUCUAAUAAUUAACAGGAUCUAGUAAUUAGAUCCACUGAUAGAUCUGUAAAUUGCUACCUGUCUUGUUUUAAAACAGCCCUGUUCUCCUUGUGGAGGCCUUGUCUGCUUUACCAAAAUGUGGGCUUAGAUCAGCUCCUGUUCGGUGAAGGUAAAUUGUCAACAUGCUGCAACACUGAAAUUGAAUACUGUCCUUUUCAGUAAAGAAUGUUACAACCUGUGAAGUGGUUUAUAACCUUUUGAAUACUAUUCAGGUGUGUGUAAAUAAGGAAGGAGUUUGGCGCUGGUGAUUACAAAAUCCCAGUGAAAACUGAUUCAUCCUUUCUAGCUAAAAUACAUAAAGGGAGGGGAAAAAGUCAGUUUAUAUUUAGAAAUGCAUUAUGAUUUUUUUCAAAAACUUAAUUUUGUGAGAUGCUGACAUUCCUAAUACACUUCACUUAAGAAGCUGAAUAUAUUAAAGGGCUAGAAGUCAGUACCUGGCCUACAAUGUAACUUUCUUUUAAGAACUUUUCUGACUGUGUCUGUGAUGUGCUGUGAAGAACACCAACUUUGCUAUUUCAGAGCAAGAUCCUUUCCGCUUCUCUCUCUGAUGAGAUGAAACAAGGUAUUUAUAGUAUAGUAUAGCACCGUGGUUUUGUUUGAUUUAUUUCUGACUGUACAUUAGUGAAAGAUGACAUAGCCACCUAAGUGCAUGGUAUAAAAGUUCUAAUUUGUUCUGCAGAUGUGUGGCUGGGUGACAGGCAAUAGGCUUGUCACUGUUCUUGGGGACAGAGCUGUACUCUGAAACUAAUGUAUACUACCUUGGAGCUGUGUAUCGCAUGAAGAUUUUUCCAGAAAGGAUUCUGUUUUAUAGAAUGUUGCAGCAAGUACUUUUAUGUUUGACUACUGUGAUUGACUACUGAUUGACUAAUGUGAUCUGUAAAGUAAUGUUCAGAAGGAACAAAUGUGGAAUGCAUUUGGUAGAUACUUGUUUAUUUUUGGAAGCUCUAAGAUUACUGUCUUUAAAAAUGAAUUUUUGCCUGGAUAUUUGGUAGAGUUAAUUAAAACCUUGCUUCACAAUCUGUCAGCAGUAGACAACAA